AUGGCAGGCAAAAUCUUUCAAGCUGGCCGUCUCCUCCCGGCAAUGAUUAAGAAGCUGGAGUCGCACACGCAUCUCAGGAUGAAGGCAGGCAGAGAUCAGAUAGUUGCCAUCUUGGGUCUCCUCCAAAAAGGAAAAGCGGAGGGAAGCGAUAAAUGGGCACAGGUUAAUGAUGCUCAAAGCAUUGUCUCAAAUUUCCUCACAAAAUUAUUUCAAGAUGAAGUCACACCGACGAAGUGCAUUUCAGAUAUCCUCGAAUGGGCCGCAGCUAGCGAUAAGCCACCAUACUCCAAUAUAACCAUUCAAGUCAGACAACAACAAAAUUUUCUGGCAAAUCCGCGGAAACCAGGUGGUCCAAUCUCCAAGCUAAUUGAAAAGGUCAUCUCAAAUUAUCCAAGAAGCGAUGAUAUUCAGGUAGGAACCAAAGGCGUCAGAAAGACAACAUCGUUGAGAGCCAAUAUAGAAUGA